CAAGGACAGAGAGGGCGAUACAACAAUUGCAGGAGAGACGAGGACAGGGCGAUUAGACUAGCAUGAUUUUUUUUCCAGGAUAUCGAAGCAAAGAAGCAAUAUUUUCUAAUAAUUCUGAUUUUAAUAUAUUCGUUACACUUUGACGGAUGCGACUCCAAGGUCUGAUUUUCCAAUUUCGCCCUUAAAACUUAAAGGUAAUUAAGUUUAUAUACUAAUGAACCUCGACUCUUAAUGAAUUAUUAUUAUAGCAUAAAGUCAUUGCAAAAUAACGGUCGACAUGUAUCUUUCAUUUUCAUGCUUUUUGCCGCCAUUUUUGCAAUUAACAAUUCUAUUUUUUUUUUUUUUGCAAAUUGAGGUUCAUACGCAUUUUACGUACCGACUAAAGAAAAAAUUUUUUGAUUUUACCUAUCAGAUGUUCUCCCAGUGCUCCACGUAUCCCACCGUUUCGACCGAAUCCUUUCCUUGCUAAGUUGAUAAUAUGUUGAUAAGUUGAUAAAAUGAUCAACAUCGAAUUGACUAUAACGAUAAAUUCUAAUCUAGGUAAUGUCGUCGUUGUUGCAUCGUCUGCAUGUUGCCAAUGUCAUAGGUACGGUUUGUUGCAAUCGUGCGGGACCUUGACGAUCAAAUUAUGAUAAAAGGAAAAUGUUUCCCCCAUCAACGAGUGGCGUUCUACCUCGUUUCAGAUCGAUUUACACCCACAUAAAAAUGAUUAAAUAUCAUUGCUUUACGUUAUACGUCGACAGAAUGGUCGUAUUAUAACGCCAAUAAAUUAUUUUCCAUUCGAAGUCUACCUGUAACAACCAACUUUCUGGCAGUCUUCAACUUCCCGGCGAUCGGAACUAUUUAAUACGAAAAGGAAACAGUCGCCAAAUGUCUGGUCGAUCGAGAAAGGCGAAAAAAUCCGCAGAACGGAAACUAUGGAAACUACCGUGGGCCUUAAAUUUGAGAACGUUGAUACAUCUUUAUGUCGUGUUCGUUCGCGCGUUUGGAUAUAUGCCUUAUAAGAUCGAGUCAUCGAGGUACGUGUUCUCCCGGCCACAACUUGCUUGGACCGCAAUCAUGAUGAUAUUACAAACGUGCGCAGUACUGUACAGCAUUUAUGAGAUCAAUUACACCGACAAAAGCAUCGAGUACACCUCCAUGAUAAUGCAUUACAACAUCGUUCUGUCUCUGGGUCUCAUAAACGUAUUUUCGGGUUUUGUUUCGUGUCGAUCGAAGAUACACGCGCUCCAAAGAGUGUCGUGUUUAGCUCGAAAAUUGCCAUCGGAAACUUUGGGCAACGCGGUUCAAUGGGCGAUAAUAAACGACACGAUAAAACUCGUUCCGAUGAUCAUCUACAUGCAGUUCAUCAUAGAUACGAAAGUAAUUUUCAGCGUCGUUGCUUGGUUCAUGUUUAUUUUGACCAUGCUAUUCAACUCGUUGUACGUGAUCAACGUACGGGUGGUGAACGCGUGUUUCUGACACAUAAACCAGUCUCUUGUGAAAGUGAGAGAUGUUCUCCUGAAAGACGAGCCCCAUCUUCUAAGGAGGGUGUACCACACGCAAAGGAAUCCCAUGUUGCUAACGGAACUGAGAACCCUCAAAAGACAGCAUUUAGAAGUCAGCGAGGUUGUCCAGCUUAUAAACGAAACGUUUAGCUUGGAGGUGAUCGGCACUAUUGCGUUGACGUUGGUCGAUACCACUUUUAACUUAUACUUUUGUUUAUUGCUGAUGACCGACACUAAUCCAGUCGAUAUGUCGUGGUCUAUUGUGUUGGUGUACGUGACCUUCUAUGUUUGGAACUUGAUUGCGAUGGUAUGGGUCUGCGAGUCUGCCACCGACCAAGCUAAGGAGAUUGGUUCCAACAUUCACCGAAUCCUCGUAAUCACUUUCGACGAACAAGUCUCUACCGAAUUGGAGAUGUUUUCUGUACAAGUUUUGCAACAAGACAACACGUUCUCGGCGAAAGGGCUCACGACAGACGCAACCCUUCUAACAAAGGUAGCGAGCACUAUCACAACUUAUCUGUUGAUAUUGAUACAAUUUCUGUUAAUAAAACCUUGUUGAAGGAGUGCUCGUGAUUUCCGCGCUAAGGAACUCGACCAGGUUGGACUCAAAAGUUGUUGUUAAUUAAUCGAUUUACCUAUUAUUAUCGCGAGCAAUUAGUGUUAUAAUGAUAACUCGGUAACGUUCGGAUACUUUUGUGGCGUCCGUUCGGUAGAUUUUACUAAAAAUGUUUUGCACGACAUUCCAAAUUUAACGCGCAUAAAUAUCAUAAUGAUAUGUUAUAAUAGAAAUCCGUAACAUGACGCACAUUUAUUAAGCGAAAAACCUUUCGUUUCAUUCUCUUCGGCUUUCGUCGUUAGUGAGAGAUUAUCCUUUCUUGUACGA